AUGCGGGAGGCGAAGCUAGUGCCCGAUGUCAUCUUCUUGUACAACGCCGCAGUCAGCGCGUGCGAAAAGGGCGGAGAAUGGCAGCAGGCGAUGUCGCUGCUCGGACAGCUGCAGGAGCCCAACGUCAUCAGCUACAGCGCCUUGAUCAGCGCCUGUGCAAAGGGUGGGGCGUGGCAGAGCGCGCUGUCGCAGCUCAGCGAGAUGCGGAAGGCGAUGCUGAAGCCCAACGAGAUCAGCUACAACGCCGCAGUCAGCGCGUGCGCAGCUGGUGACCAGUGGCAACUAGCGCUGAUGCUGUUCCAUGAGAUGGGGGAGUUUUUGUUGGAAGCAGACGUGUUCAGCUACAGCGCUGGAAUGAACGCUUGCGCUGCUGCCGGGCGUUGGCAGCAGGCGCUGUCGAUGUUCAAAGAAAUUGGGGAGAAAAGACUGAGUUUGAACGUCAAUUGCUACAAUGCCGUAGCAAGCGCGUGCGCAAACAGUGGGCAGUGGCAACAAGCGCUGAUACUGCUCAACGAAAUUGGGGAUGCGAUGUUGGCAGCAGACGUGGUCAGCUACAACGCCAGAAUUAGUGCAUUCGCCUACGGCGGGCAUUGGCAGCAGGCGCUGUCGAUGUUUCAGGAAAUGGUGGAAGAGAGCCUGGACGCAAGCGUCGUCAGUUACAGUACCGUCAUGAGCGCAUGUGGGAACAGCGGAGAGUGGCAGCGCGUGCUGUCGCUGCUCAAAGAGUUGCGGGAAUCCAGGCUGAAGGUGGAUAUCAACAGCUACAAUAUUGCAAUCGACACGUGCGAAAGAGGACCACAAGGGCUGGCAGUGUCGCUGCUCGGCGAGGCAGCUGAACAGGACUUGAAGCCAGACGUCUUCAGUUACAGCGCCGCGAUCAGCGCUUGCGGGAAUCGCGGAGAGUGGUCGCAGGCGUUGUCGUUGUUCAGCGAGAUGCGGGAAGCGAAUAUUGUGCCGAACGUCAUCAGCUAUCAUGCUGCGAUGGGUGCGUGCGACAUUGGUGAGCAGUGGCUGAGUGCGAUGGCGCUGCUCAGCGAGAUGUGGGAAGUGAAGACUGAGCUGAGCCCAGUCAGUUACACCUCGGUAGUCAGCGCGUGCGGACAUUGUGGGGAAUGGGAGCAGGCGCUGUCGCUGCUGAGCGGAAUGCGAGAAGCACUGUUAGAAUGGAGCCGCGUCUGUUAUAAUUAUGGAGUCACUGCGUGCGGGAGAAGCGAGCAGUGGCAGAAGGCCUUGUCCCUGUUCAGUGGCAUGGCGGACGCAAGGGUGGAGCCAGACGUUGUCUCGUACAAUUCUGCCAUCAGCGCGUGCCAGGCAGGCGAGCAGUGGCAGAAGGCGCUGCAGCUGCUCAGAAGCAUAGGGGACGCGAAUUUGGAGCCAAACGACUCUCCUACAAUGCUGGAAUCAGCGCGUGCCAGAGGGGCGAUCAGUGGCAGCAGAGUGUGUCGCUGCUCGUGGAAAUGCGGAACGUUGCAGUGGCCCUGGACCCGUACACCUACGGUUCCGCACUCUAUGCUCUUGCAAAUUGUGGGCACUGGCAGGAAACGCUGCUGCUGUACAGCCAAAUGGUUAAAGCGAGGGUAG